GUGCGGCCCGGGCGGGGGAGGGCAGCUGGGCAGGGCCGACGCUCAGAUCACGUAUCCCGCGAUGCUGCCGCGUGCCACCGCCGGCUCCUCCCCUCCCCGGCCAGGGUUUUCCAGCCAGCAGAGCCGCCGCCGCCCCUGCCUCGCAGCGCCAAGGCUGGGCGACCGGAUCCGGGCGUUGCGUGCUCUCCAGCCCCAGCGGCCUCGCCAUGACGGCGUCCAUGAGGCAGCGGUUUGAUACGUUCCUCCAUGAGAAGAACUGCAUGACCAGCCUGCUGGAGAAAAUCGAGACCAAGACCGGGGUGAGCCGAUCCUACAUCGCCAUCGCUAUCAUUGGCGUGCUGGCCGUGUACCUGGUGAUCGGCUAUGGAGCAUCUCUGCUGUGCAACCUGAUCGGAUUCGCUUAUCCUGCCUACAUCUCAAUCAAGGCUAUUGAAAGCCCCAACAAAGAUGAUGACACACAGUGGCUGACCUACUGGGUUGUGUAUGGCAUCUUCAGCAUAGCAGAAUUCUUCUCUGAUAUCUUUCUGUCUUGGUUCCCUUUCUACUACAUGCUGAAGUGUGGCUUUCUGCUAUGGUGCAUGGCUCCAAGCCCUUCCAAUGGAGCAGAGUUUCUCUACCACCGAAUUAUCCGCCCUUUCUUCUUGAAGCACGAGGCUCAAUUGGACAGUGUUGUGAAGGAUCUGAAAGACAAAGCUGCAGAGACUGCGGAUGUCAUUACUAAAGAAGCCAAGAAAGCUACAGUGAACUUACUGGGUGAUGAGAAGAAGGGCAUUUAAACUGUUAGCAGGAUGAAGAAAUUUGGCCCCCCCCCCACCUCCUUUAUACAGCUCGAUGUUACUGGGGACUGUGGUAUAAUAAUUUUAAUAAUGUUGCCUUGGAAACAUUUUUGAUAUAUUAAAGGAAUGUGUUGUAAGUUUGCUUACUUUUAUGUUGUCUGUAUAGAAAGUAAGCACUUCUAUUUAAAUGCAGUGCAAUGGGCAGUAUCUAAAGCUUAUUGAAAACUUAUCUUAUUCAUCUCCAUACAGGGGAAAGACCUUUCAAUAGUGUCUCAUCCUGCCAUGAACACAAACUUAAAUAAAAUUAUAUCUAUAUCCCACAGGCUCUGCACGUCACAGUUUUUCUUUGUGCAUGCAUUUUCUGUAUUUACAGUUAACAUUUGACUGGUUCUUCCUGUAACGUAUCAUUUUUGUAUGCAAAAGUAAUGCGUUCUACUUGGAUUUUCAUGCACAUGUAUUUGCAUAUACAGGAAAUAAUUUAUCAAAGGGAAGUGGCUUAAUACAGCUAUUCCCCACGAGUGAAGCCAACCGCACUAUGCACUUGGUCAUGGAGAUUCUAUAUUGUUGCAUGUAUCACUUGUAAUCUGCAGUAUUCAGUACAAAGUGUGUGUGUGUGUGUUCAAUAUUAAAUGGGUAGUUCUUAAACAUAGAAAAGAGCACAUUAGUGCAAAUGACCUGGGUUAUACUGGUGUGAAGUUAUUUGCCAGAAAUGGAUGCACUGAACUCCUGGUACAAACUGACUAAAGCAUAACCCCUGACUUGUUUGUUAAAUGUAACUGGCAUGUGAAACAGUUCAGGAAUGGAGUGCCUUACAAAUAAAAUUACACUCAGAAGCAGAAAGCAACUGUACAAAAAAAAUCAGAUCUACUGCAAUGAUUUGUAGAAAUAUCUGCUGAAGUCAGUUACAAUUUACACUGUAAUCAUGGGGCUUGCCUCUUAUCUUGUUCCCAUCAACCCCUUCGUCCUGAGCUUUUUCUACAUAUGCAAAAGGUGUUGUCUGCUCUGGCUACAUAAGGAGAUGUGGGUCUUCCCCAUUACCCACCAAAUCAGAGCCCAUGAAAUGCAUGGGCAUCAAAAAACCUCUUACGGGGAAGAAGUAAAACAUCUAGGUUACUUAAUUGGACAGAACCAGAGAAGCACAAAUGUGACCAAAGCCUUAAAAAUAAUUCCUACAGGUCAAAACACUUUGCCCCUUUACAAUCUGUGCUUGCAUCUACUGUUAUCAUUGCUAUUUUAUUUGAAUUGUGAGAUAUAUUCACACUGUAGACAACAAUUCUAUAGUUUUACAUGUUCUCUUCCUUGUCGUUAUGCCUAGUGAUGUUUCCUGAGAGCUUGCUGGCUUUACAGCAUUUUUAAAAAACUUUUCCAUAUUUAUAAUUGUGGCCCAGCCCAUGUACCUUAAGGAAAAUGCAUUCCAAUUAAUGUAGAGAAGCAAAUAAAAGCUGUGAAGGUUUCUAGUUUCCCACAGAAACACUUUGAAUUUUCCAACUUGAGAAUGAGACAGCAAGGGUUAAUCCAUCCGGGAUCUCUCAAUGCAUGAAACAAUUCAAAAAUGUAAUAUAGCAGCUUCAGGGUUAUAUCUGAAAAAAGGUUUUUACAUCACAGCUAGACUAAUGAAGAGGUAUCAAGUACACCUUAGAGUAUAAUCUGUAAUCAAGAGAACAAUUUAAAUAAAAUGGGAGGUAGUGAGGACCCAUUGCUAGUAAGGCAUGUGGGUGACUUAGGUAUAUUUCCCCCAAAAGGCCAGGUUUGCAUGCUGAAUGGAGAACUUGAAAUAGCAUCGCUUGCAGACAAGUAUAUAUUGUGUAUAUUUGGCUUGUAAAACUCCCCAUUGCUUUAUGACCACUUUUUGCUACAAGCUGGCCUAAUGCAUAGAACAACAGAUAAAGGUAACUUUGAAACUGAGCAGGUGGAGCUGUGCUGCAGGCAGAUCUCCUCACUAACUGUGACCUACCCUUAAAUAACUAUUGGGUGCUGUUGUGGCAUUCCCUGCCUCCUCUGUCCUCUAGAAUUUUAAGGGGAAGGGCUGUUGGAACUUUCAGUUCAAACUGAGUUUCUUGCCCUACUUUUAGGGAUGCCUCAGAGCAAAGGUUCUAGGUAGAAGAGCUCAAGGGGUGGGUGAAGGGUACUUAAUUAUUCAAAGUGCUGGGGUCUUCUAUAUCUCUUCCCAUGCAAACAAGAAGUUUUCCCUUUAUCUCCAAGGGCCACUGUGGACAAAGGAGGGGUACAGUGUGACUGCAGGUCAUGCUACUAUUUCCCACAAACUAUUUUAGCUGAUGAGGAAGGGGGUCAAAUCAGCCAAUCCCUAGCAUUAAGCACAGGAUAGCUAUAACACUGGCUAACUUACAGCACCCCUGCAGCUAACAAAAGUGUGAACAGCACAGUAUAAGCUUAGCUCAAACAGCAAUGGAAGUGCAAUAGUAACAUUAAAAAAAACAAACUAGAAGUAGUCCUCUAGGUUUCACUUCUGCUAAGAAUUGCAAUGUAAAGGUAGUCUGAGGAAAAGCUUUACUAUCAUAGUCAGUGCUACAUUUUAGUGGAAUUUUGUGGGGAUAAAAACCCAUUUUAAUUUGUUUUAUGCACUUGAAAUCAGCUCUGCACAAGCCUGUCAGCUUGUGCAACUAACAUUGCUGCCAGUUUCCUUUUUAGAAGGAUGUUAAAACACUUGAAUUUUUAGGUUUAACAGCAGCAAUACCCAUGAAGUAUGGUGCUCAGUAACUGAAAAGAACUAAGUUCCAUAUAAGUAAACAAAUGACUCUUUAUAGAGCCCUUAAAUACUGUCCCUAUUUUAAAGAGGUGGGAAACAAGAGGUUAGAGACUUUCCAAGGUCAGCCAUCCAUCCUUGUAGGGACACAACCUAAACUUCCUGAUACUCAACCCAGUUAAUUUUUAUUCUGAAGAAUCCCAUCUUUUAAACUUCACCCCACUCAGGGGAGCAAAGCCCUUUUAGAUAGGUGUAAGGGGAAGUUUAUUCUAGUAUUCUUAAAUAAGGUUCAGAACUGAAUAGUUAAAUGUCUUCUGUGUUUACAACAAAGCCCUCUUGAUCAGACAGCUGUUAACACUAUGUUUAGUGCAACACAUCCCUCAAGUUUUUUUUUUUUUUUUUUUAAAAACAAUUCUUUGUUCCAACUGAUUUGCAGGUAGACACACAAAUUAAAUGGCUUGAUGCUGCUUGUUAAGCUGAGUGCAUUACUGCUAAUAAGUUGCUGUAUAGGAAAUUCAAAUUGUACAACAACUUAACAUUCUCUUAAAUUGCUUUUAGGCUUGAUAUAUUGAAUCUUUAGGUAAGUGAGAAGAUUUUUUCAAAGGUAUGCAAAUUAACAGGACCUGUUCAGUCAAGUAGUCUUAAAAGGGGAAGGGAAAGAUUGCUGCAGCAACCCAUUCUGUACUUGCAAAUAACUCCUGUGGGCACUGGCCAUUCAGUAAGUCUUCUCCCAGCAGCUGUUUGAAAAAUUAGUAUAUCUUAGCCAAUUUGUCUGUGCUGAAGAUGUAAUGUACUGAACAGAAAGAUAUAAAUAAAGAGCAGUAUCUUACA